CAAAACAUAGCUGCUAGUUAGCUAGCCAAUUACAGGCUAACGGGGAAAAUGGCUUAACGUGGUCCCCCCACAUCGACAAUCAUAUAGCUGUACUUUUUUUUGUUUGUUGAUACAUAUGAUUUACGUUUUUCGUAUACCUUGCAAACCUACUUGAUUCAUGCAAACUCUCGUGUGUUGGAUUUAGCAGGCUCAUUCGAACAUCUUUUGACACCAACACGGCUCAGCAGCAGACCGGGAGAAACAUGGUAGUUCCGCACAGCUCCAGUGCGGUGCAACCAGCAGACAACGACUGUGCGGAGGGUCUUGUGAAGCCAUCCCAGCCGAGCUACAAGGAGGAGCAGGAGCUAGCAGGGGUGGAGUUGGAGGAAGUACGUAAGCUCCAGGAACUCAUUCGACGACUUGAGGUCCAGAAUCAAACACUCCGAAACAGGGGAGGCAGUAAGAAUCUACAUCUCAGAGGGACCACCACAAACAACAGUAACCUCACAACCAGUACCAACAUCAAUGAGAUAAUCUCCUCCUGUGAAGGAGUGAUCAACACCAACUCCUCUCUCAGGUUGGGGAGCAGUGGAAGCUGUGGAACGGAACUAGGCGGCAGCAGUAGUGACUUGGAGCUGUCCCCUCCUCAGGACAGUAGUAGUGACUUGGAGCUGUCCCCUCCUCAGGACAGCAGUAGUGACUUGGAGCUGUCCCCUCCUCAGGACAGCAGUAGUGACUUGGAGCUGUCCCCUCCUCAGGACAGCAGUAGUGACUUGGAGCUGUCCCCUCUUCAGGACAGUAGUAGCAGUGAGGAUAUGUCCCAGCUCCCUGUAGUUAACCGGGAAGAGGAGGAUGGUGGACUGUGUGCAGGCUUUCUGACCCUGCCGUGCGGGAACGGACCAGGACCGGCGCAGACCCAGGGGCAAAGCACAACCCCAGAGAGUCCCUCUUUGGACAGCUAUGAGUCUGAGACCCUGGCGGAGAGCGACUCUGGGGUGGACCAGUUGGCUCUGGAUGAAGUGGAUGUUCUAGACCUAUGGGAGGACCUUGCAGAGGUGGAUGACGAGGACAGCUGGUUGUAUGUCUCCCCUAUGAAGCAGGUAGUUGCUGAGCCCAGACCUGAGUCUCCUCUGAAGUGGUGCCGGAAGGUUCUGGACCACCCCAGCCCAGAGACUGAGGUGGCCUGUCGCACCCUGCUCAACCGUCUCGACCAGACAUCUCGCUGGAGGAACAUCUACAGCAGCUCUGGUCAGAUGGGGGAGGCUGGCUCCUCUGGCUCUGGGCUCCUCUCUCCUGGGUACCACAGCAAAUCUACUAACAAAAGCCUACUGGCCAGUGGUGGCUCAGGCUACGUGAGUGUGCACUCUGCUCUGAGUUCCCAGUCUUCUGUAGACAGUGAGCUGAGUACCUCAGACGACUCCAUCACCAUGGGUUACAAGCUACAGGACCUCACUGACGUCCAGAUCAUGGCCCGCCUACAGGAAGAGAGUCUGAGACAGGACUAUGCCUCCAGCUCUGCCUCAGUGUCUCGUCGUAGUUCCUCUGCCUCCCUCCAGUCUCUACGUCGGGGUGGGACCUACAGCGACCAGGAGUUUGAUACCUACAGCCUGGAGGAUGAGGAGGAUGAGUGCUGCUCUCUGCCCCAGCGACGCCUCCGCUACUCCCCCUCUCCCCUGAGCUCGCCCCGCUGCCUCUCCCCCUCCACGGGUUUGCAGGGCCAGGCAGAGUACAGCAGGCUGGGGGCCCCCCGACAACGUGUUCCAAGGCGAUCGUUACAGGGGCCCGGGCCCGAGCUGCUAAAGUUCGCCAAGACCGAGGAAGAGGUGAGGCACAGCAUGCCUAACCUGGCCCCCCGCACCAGCCUGCGUUCCCUGGAGGCGGUCAGGAACAGUCGCAGCAUGGAGGCUAACCUCCAGAGCUCUGGUAUGUCAUCUGGUCAGAUGCGAGGCAGUGGCCAGUCCCAUCUGUCCAUGCGGGUCCCUGUCAAAGCCAUGGGCUCCAUGCCGGGGGCCCGCCAGCCCUACAGGGGCCUGCCUGUAGUCCAGAGUGGACCCAAUGGAGGGGUACGGAGGGUCCAGUCCACAGGGCCUGCCAAUGGGGGAGCCUACCCAGCCGGGAGAGCCUCUACUGGGGGUGGGAGGCAAGCAGCAGCCCCAUCCUCAAGGAGUAGACUGGCCCAUCCACAUAGAAGGUCUAUGGGGAUGACUAGAACGAAUGGCCUAAUCUCAAAUGAGUCGUGGCGAGACGGCUGCUACUGAGGCAACAAGGAAACUUCCUCCAUCUCUCUCCUUUACCUCACGUUUUUAUAUAAACACCAACUUACUUGCCUCUGAACGUACCCCUGUAGGCAACACCAACUUACUUGCCUCUGAACGUACCCCUGUAGGCAACACCAACUUACUUGUCUCUGAACGUACCCCUGUAGGCAACACCAACUUACUUGUCUCUGAACGUACCCCUGUAAGCAACACCAACUUACUUGUCUCUGAACGUACCCCUGUAGGCAACACCAACUUACUUGUCUCUGACCAUACCGCUGGCCUAUGAACAUACCUCUGUAGGCUGGACCACUGUAGAUGAACAGAGCUUCCCUGGCAUGCAGAACCCUAUCACCCCACGGAUACACUGGAGACGGGACCUGGACAGAGCUUCCCUGGCAUGGAGAACCCUAUCACCCCACGGAUACACUGGAGACGGGACCUGGACAGAGCUUCCCUGGCAUGGAGAACCCUAUCACCCCACGGAUACACUGGAGACGGGACCUGGACAGAGCUUCCCUGGCAUGGAGAACCUUCUCACCCCACGGAUACACUGGAGACGGGACCUGAACAGAGCUUCCCUGGCAUGGAGAACCCUAUCACCCCACGGAUACACUGGAGACGGGACCUGGACAGAGCUUCCCUGGCAUGGAGAACCCUAUCACCCCACAGAUACACUGGAGACAGGACCUGGACAGAGCUUCCCUGGCAUGGAGAACCUUCUCACCCCACGGAUACACUGGAGACGGGACCUGGACAGAGCUUCCCUGGCAUGGAGAACCCUAUCACCCCACGGAUACACUGGAGACAGGACCUAGACAGAGCUUCCCUGGCAUGGAGAACCCUAUCACCCCACGGAUACACUGGAGACGGGACCUGGACAGAGCUUCCCUGGCAUGGAGAACCCUAUCACCCCACGGAUACACUGGAGACAGGACCUGGACAGAGCUUCCCUGGCAUGGAGAACCUUCUCACCCCACGGAUACACUGGAGACAGGACCUGGACAGAGCUUCCCUGGCAUGGAGAACCCUAUCACCCCACGGAUACACUGGAGUCAGGACCUGGACAGAGCUUCCCUGGCAUGGAGAACCCUAUCACCCCACGGAUACACUGGAGACAGGACCUAGACAGAGCUUCCCUGGCAUGGAGAACCUUCUCACCCCACGGAUACACUGGAGACAGGACCUAGACAGAGCUUCCAGAGUACAGAAGAUGUUGUUUUAUAACAUUCCAAUUCCAGUCUAUAUUUUAUGAUAGUUGAGAGAAGACAAAAGGGUUGUUAAUUUGUUUACGUUCUGUAGAUUUAAAAAUGAUUUGAAGACUUUGGAUGGACUGUUUGUUCUAUUGUGUGUGUGUGAAGUUGAACUCUGAUAUUUAAGGUGAUCACAUCUGUUACUUGGGUGUUGCAUGAUGUUUUUGUUUAGUUUUCUUUUCUCGGAGGACGAAGAAAUGAGAUUGUUAUAAAUAAGUCUGUUCUUCCAAGGAACAACCCUCAUGUUGAUGCGUGUGGGAAGUUUUUUUAAAUGUUUGUGGGAUUGGUUGUGAUUCCUGUAUAAUUGUGUUUUGCCGACUAAUGCAACAGCUCUGGACCACACUGCCCUUCCAUCAAGACCCCCCUUAAGAACAUUUUUUUUUUAAGUUAUGAAAAGUUAUCGUUGGGAUAAGUUCGUUGUGCCAAGGUGCAUAUCUGUUGCUGCAGCAUUGUUUCUACAACUCCCAACAAACUACUACUUGUAGAUGAGAUACUGUAUACAUUGAUUUACCACAGUUGUUUUUACUGCAUAUCGGUUGGUGAAUCUGAGUGUUGGGUUUUAAAACCGCUGUACUAAUAAAACAAACUGUUGAAGCACGAA